UUUCUGUCAUUGAGUUGUUUUACUGCUGAGUAUAGCAGAUGUACCUGCUUCUUCUCUUUAUGCUUUCUUAUAUGUUAGAAAUAUGAAGAGUUUCUCUCCAGCUGAACAGAAAGAUGACAGCAAUUUAAAAAUGGAGGGGGGAGGAAGAACACAGGGACUCAGUACAAAUUUUGUCCCUAAAUAGAAAAAAUGGUUGAUAAUCUUCAAAAGAGGAGGCAACUGCUGCAUGUAGAAUGCUAAAAUCCACACUUGUGUUGGAUAGGCUAAAACAUUUUGAAGGAUACAUCAACUUACAAGCUUUGACUUUCUGAGCCAACAUUUAAUUCAUGGCAGGCUGUACUAUCUGUUGCAUUUUCUUCUACAGUAAACAGGCUCUGAAUAUUGAGUUCAUCAACCAGUGUUAUGUUUUUCUGAGAAAUUUCUGCAUCUGCAAAUACAGUUGGCUUCUGUUGUUUGUCACUUUAAACUUUCAAAUGUUAGGCAUUGAAAUGUGAAAUCUCCCUGUAUGUUUGUAGUGGUCACUAUUGUGCUUGAGGGUUUUCAUUCUUUUCUACUUUUUUCCCUUUUUUUUUGAGUCACAUACUUCUCUGGCCUCAAUUUCUCUAAUUUUUCCCCUUUGUUUUUCACUGGAUACUUUCUCUUCAUUUUGUUUUGCCCUCAGAAGAGAGGACCACUGCUAACUGCUGCACAAGGCAGUGGGACUGUUUAGUCUGAUAGACAGUCUGUGGCCUCCAGUAGUGCCUGUAAAAGUUCCUGGACAAAGUCAAGACUCUGAAAUGAUGACAACUGAUCUUCCUCCUCCCAGCUUCUGUUACAUCCUUACUGUUCAGUCUGGUGAAAUACAUGUGGAAGUGGAUGAGGAAGAACAGAUUUCUAAUUUGUACCAGCCACCAGCUGUUCAUGGUCUAAAGGAAAUUCUUCGGAUGGGUGGUUGUAACGAGCGGUGUAGCUUCUGGGCCCAAGUGCUCUAUCAAAGGCUGCAGACAAAGCCCAGUGUUCCUGUAGAUCAAAGAGAAAUGCUGUUGUUUGUCACUGACUCCUCACUGCAAAAUGUGGCUCAUGGGAUUCCAAAAGUUGUUGCUGUGUCAGUCACUGCCUCGUGUGUUCUCAGUAUGGAAGUCAUAGAAGCCCUCAGUGCUGGCUCUCCUAUCUUCUUCAAGGAUGCUCUGUGGGGAAAUGGUAGGAUUAUUUGUGUUGAACGUACUGUUCUCUUAUUACAAAAGCCUCUUUUGUGCUCGGCUGCCGGUGCUGACCUCAGUGAGCUGACUGGCCCUGUCAGACUCGAUGAGCUGGAUUCUACAACACAGGCCAGCUCCAUUUGUGCUCUCAGAGGUACCGUUGUUGGAGUUAAUGAGAGCACUGCUUUCUCCUGGCCUACAUGCAACAGAUGUGGCAAUGGAAAGUUGGAAGUGUGUCCCCAGGACAGAGAGUUGCUGUAUUGUAACCAGUGCUCUGAAGUUGUCACAACACCAGUUUUGAAGAUGCAGCUGGAAGUCUUCUUGAGUUGUCCAUCCCGACCUCAAAGUACAGUGAAAGUAAAGCUGUUGCAAAAGACAAUCUCUUCUCUCCUGAUGUCCUCAGCCAGUGAGGAUGGGACUUACGAGGUGCAGAGCGUGCUGGGAAAGGAGGUGGGGUUAUUGAACUGCUACGUCCACUCCAUAGCCAGUCACCCCAACUGUGUGGCGCUGGAGGAAAUUGUUCUGGAAGCUGCAGCAAGACAGAGUUGAACUCUAGUCAGCUAUUAUAGUAUCUGUGGACUUUGUAAUGUGAUUAUCUGUUAACUAGUGCCACAGAUAAUGUAUAAUGCAAGUGUGAUAAGCAUUAAGAUAGUUUAUUAAAACUGUGAUUUAUAAAGCACAUUGUGCUAAGACUGAAAAAAAUAUCCAUAUAUUGUUCAACUUUCUGAACUCUUUCUGGUCAGUGCAGAAUCUAAGAAUACAGUUCUUUGUCAUGUUUGCUGUUAUGUAAUGUAAAAUAACUUUUUCUGGAAGUUUUGAAUGGUUGUGAUUUAUUUUUAAUAAUACUGUAUUUAUUAUGUGUCAAUGGAAAAUAUUUUACUGGUAUUUUUGAAAUAAAUACCUUUCUAUGGGCAGUGAA